CUAGCUUUAGUUUACCAUUAUAGGUCCUUUGGCCCUCCUCCUGGAAUUUUCCUGUUUAUUGCGCGCCAGCAAGAGCUCAGGGCAUUUCCGCAUGAGUAGCUUUGUGAGGAGAAUGGUCAAAGUUCCAGGUUCAAAGUUAAUAAACUGUCGAGGUCCUAAGAUGAAGGACCCUAUCGACUCAUGCUCUUAUAACCACCUGUAUCAAAAUCUGAAGCAGUAUUCAAAAAAUGGAGACAACUAUUUGAAAGAACUUCAAACGGUUUUUCAGCAGAGAGCUGAGCUGGAACUUACGUACUCCAAGGGCCUUGCAAAGCUGGGAGGGAAACUGAUCAAAGCAUGCCAAGGAAUGCCAAAAAAUUCCACCUACACCGCCUGGUGUCAAGUGUCAAACGAGAUGUACUCGAGAGCAGACGCACACAGAACAUUAGGAAAUGCAUUUCAACAAGAGGCCACUGAGGAAAUUCGUCAAGUCUUAGAUGAACACGCCAAAAGAAAAAGGCCUCUUGACACUGCCAUUGAAAGGACUGGAAAACUUUUUACAGCAAACUGGAAUGAGCAACUCAAGCUGAAAAAAAGAUUGCAUGGGCUGACAAAAGAACACGAAGCACUCUUCAACUAUCUAGAAAACAACAAGCACAUCAGCACAGAGAAAGAAAAACAGAAGCAGAUGUGUAACAGACUAACUAAGUCAGCAGAGCAGCAGUCCAUAGUGGAUGAACAUUACUAUAGCGUUAACAUGGAGGGUCAUCAGAUGAGACUGAAGUUGCAAAACACUCUGAAAAACUGCUGUCAGGUCACACAAGAGCUGGAGAAAAAUCGAAUUGAAGUUCUGUGCAACCUUUUGAGCAAAUAUAACCUCCACAUUUCUACUUUCAGUCAAACACUUAAGCAUGGUCAAAAGCAGAUAGACCAGACUGCCCAAAGGGUGGACGUGGAUAAAGACAUACAAACCCUGAUGGAAGAAAGUGGCAACACAAAUGAAGACAACAAAAUAGAGUUUUUGAUGGCUGAUUAUUUUGAGGAGGAGAGCAAAUCACUGAUGACCAAAGACAGAAGAAGAGACGCGAUCAAACUGAAACUCCAGCGUCUCGAAGAAAACAUUACUAAGACCAAGAAAGAAUGUGAAGGAAUUGAAAAACUGAUCAAGACCUACACUGAAGGUUCAUCUUUUUCAAAUCAGAAGAACCUUGAGGAAACUGAGGAGCUCCGUGAUGAGAAUACUCUCAAACUGGACCUCCUGGAGGCCACUCAUUACAAACUCUCCUUAUGCCUCUCUGAAUUUGAAGCAACACCCAAGACAUCUGAACGAUUUGGUAGCAGCAUUUCUAAAUGGAAAGAUAAGGACUGUGAGCAUAGCAUUGUUCAGUUGACCCGUCCAGUAAAACUCCGAAAGACGCCGUUAAGGAGCCAACAAUCACUAAGGGCUUCCAUCAUUUAUAAAGGACCAAUUCAGGUUCCAACAGAACCAGCCGUAAAGCCAGAACCAAACACUGCUGACCAGAUCACUUCCACAACACCAACUCAGGAGACAGCAGAAUGCAGUGAAAGCACUGGAAAUGAAGCUCAGCCUACCAGAGAUGAUAACAAAGCAGAAGAUCAAACAGCAGCCAUGCUGUGCAGCAUUGGAAAAUGCAAAGCCCUGUAUAAUUUCACACCUGAACACAAAGACGAACUGACUUUCAAAGAAGGUGAUGUUCUGGACAUUUAUAAAAAGGAAGAAAAUGGUUGGUGGAUUGGAGCUCUUCAUGAACAAAAAGGUCAUUUCCCAUCAACCUAUAUUGAGGAGCUACCUAUAAUGAACACCAGCAAAUCAUCUGAUGCCUGAAUGACUGGACUGUAAAUGGAAAAAAAAGCCUCUUAACAUUUAAAGCCUGUGUGAUAUUUUAUUCAAGUCUUUUACAUUGAAAAAAAAAAAUUAUACUUUGAAAUUGAUCUUCUGACCAUCUUCAUUUAUGAUUUCUUUGUAUGUUUAGCAUUAAUGCUGUUCAUGGACUUUUAUGACAAAAUGUUUUUACAUGUGCAGACAAAACUUAGAGUGAGAAUCCUUUUAAAAACAUGUAGUUUAUUACAACAGAUAGAAAAUAAUAUACACAAGGGGAAAAACAUUGAUGAUCCUGAUGUU